UCUCCAUGGCGCUCAGGCAGCAGCUGGAAGCCUCCAAGAAGCGCAGCGUCGACUCCGGAGUCGAACCGGAUCGGAGCGUCUUGAGUAAAGAGCAGAGGCACCAGCGGAUCAGCCUCUUUCUGCAGGAUUUCGACCACCAGGCAAAGGAACACCUACAAGAGAUGAAGAAAGAACUAGCUUCGCUUCUGCAGAUGGCUGAGAAGGCCUUCCAAGUGGAGCUGCUGGCUCUGCCCCCGGCCAUGAGAAAAAUGAAGAGGAAAGACUUGUUGGAUCUCAAAGAAGAAGAUGCAGCCGCGGCAACAGCUGUAGCCACUCUGGAGGCAAGCAACUGUGGUGUUGGAAACCUGCACAAUCCCAGAUUAAUAAGAACAAACAGCAAGCGAGUUAAAGUCACCACAAUUGUGGAAUAUAAGGAAGCCGAAGACGAACAGAGGCCGCAAAGCAAGAAAACUUCUCAGAAGGUAUUUAAAACUAAGUCACUGACUUCUGCCAUCACGGAUAAAAAAGGUAUUGUCUGCAGGUCUGCAUCUGUGUGUUCCACUCCAAACAUGAAACGCAUCGAGCGAUCGGCUUCUCUGCGCGAGCCACCGAGAUCUACUCCCAGGUUUACCAGCUCAGUCUCUAAAAGAUUUUCACAGAGGGGGACCUGCACAGGACCGUCUCAGAGAACUCCGGCUUCAAGUCUUCGCAGUUCAUCGAUGCCCCCUGGACGAUCCCUUCCUUUUGUCAAUAUACCUCUGGCCGAUGGGCAGACGCUUUGCUCAUCCAGAGAUGACAUCCAAAACAUUGAUGUGCAGCUGUUAAAUAAUGACACCGUCCAGCACAUCCACACCCUGGUGAAUCAGCUGACGGCCCUUUGUGGAAAAGCAACAGUUAAGUCAAGUUGAAGAAAUUUCCUGCGUUUCCUUUGUGUAAAGAAACUCCUUGAUAUAUAGUUAAAGCAGCAGGCGAUUGGUUUUAAGGAUUUAUUGCAUAUUAAACUUUGUAUAUUUCUCAUCCAGAAACACUUGGUGACUUGACAUUUGAAGCAAACGUCCUUAGUGGGAGACUGAAUGUAAAAUGGUUAUUUGCAUUCAUUUCCCCAGAUCGGAAUUUAUGCUUGUAUGAAUACAUGAAACGUAAGUGAAUUUAGCUAAAU